AUGGAGGAGACACAGAAUUCCCCUGGGCCACCUGGUUUAAAGUCAUUUCAAGAAAGACUAAAGGGAUUUGAGGCGCCUAGCAGCACCCCACCUGGAUUAACACCUAAGAAGCCAGUAGUUCCAAAACCUGCACCAGGACCGAAAGCUCCAGCAUAUGAAGUCAAACCGUCAUUUGCAAAACCAGUUGGAGGCAUCAACAGGACUGCUUUCCCUUCUAACACAAACAGCCCAGCAAAAGAGGAGAAAAGUACAUUUCCCAAACCAUCUGCAUGUAAAUCCCCCAGCCAGACAGAAGAACCAAAGGUCCCUUUUCCAAAACUUGGAGCUGGCAAACCUUUUGUCAUUGGUAAUAAUGCUCCACAUGAGGCUAAGUUUGGUGGGCUCAAGCCAACUUUUCCACCAGAGGGAAUUGAGGAAAAACCGUCUUUCGCUAAACCAUCUCAACUGAAACCAGUUAAUUCAACUUCAGACAAUGAGGUCAAGCCUCCUUUUCAAAAGAAGUUGCCAUUUGGGGCCAAACCCCCCGUCAACGUGGGCGGAUCACCAAGUGAGAACAGUUUCAACAAACACAACCUGGUAGCAAAAACAUUUUCAGGUUCCCAGGACAAAAAGCCUAUAAAACCGAUAAAAGAAUCGACAGAAGAAAAUAUGUCUGCAAGUCCUUCUUCUCAACCUUUCCAUGGAAUGGCGUUUAGACCUGCUGGUAUUAAACAGAUCCAAAGCCCGUUUCUGAAUAAAAGCACAGAUGAGCCAAGCGAAAGCCCGAAAUCCAGUUUCCAAAUGAAAGCUAACCAAAAUGGUAACAGUUCUUCACCUUUUGGAUUAAAACAAUCUGGAACACCAUCUUCCCAGGACAAUUUAAGAGAGCCAAAAGAUCCCAAUGAACCGAACCGCAAGCCACUUCCAUCUCCAGCCAAACUAGGUCCUCCACCUCAAAAACCUUCAAGACCACCUAAUGUGGAUAUAGAAAGAUACAGAGCUAGAAAAGGGGGCGGUGGAAAGGUUCCCGUCAGUGAACAGAAGUCAUCUGCAUUGUCGUCCGCGUUGCCUCCUCCACCACCCAUCAAAUCACCAGUGGGCCCCUCAUCACUCCCAAGUUUACCACCCAGGAACAUCCGUCUUCCAGAGCCCAUGAUGCCUGAUGAUGAAAAUUAUGAUGACGUUGAAGGACCCUCAAUCAAUGAUAUAAGUGAGGAGAGUGAUGAAGAGCUCUAUGAAGGACUUGACGAGCCAAGGAAAGAACAAGAGAAAGAUGAAAAGAAGAGGAAAAAGCUACUGGAGCAAGCCAAGAAAGAGCAAAGAGAAAAAGAAAAGAAGGAACAAGAGAUACGAAAGAAAUUUAAGUUAACAGAGAAGGUUGAGGUUAUUCAUCAUGCCAAGGCCUGCAUGGACCACAAAGGUGGUAAAAAUGAACUCUCUUUCAAGAACGGUGAUCAGAUUGAAGUAAUACGUGUUACUGAUAACCCUGAAGGAAAAUGGCUGGGUAGAAUGAAUGGAACCUAUGGUUACAUCAAAACAACAAUGGUGAUAGUUGACUAUGAUUCACUAAGGAGAAGAAAAACAGUAACCAAGCCCACUCCAGUGAAACCAGAUACAGACCAGGAUAUUUAUGAUGAUGUUGGAGAGGAUGAUCCCACCAGCAAAUCUGUCGGAAACUCGUUCUUCCCACCUCCACCAAGUAAUGAUGAUGAUGACAUUUAUGAUGGAGUUGAUGACGAUCCCCCUGACAGCUCUGUACCGCAGGAGGAAGAGAGAAGCGGCACCUGGUCCUGGUUUAAGAAGCGGAAGGGGACCCAACUCAAGCAGAAAAAUGUAUCCGAAAAAACUGAGCCUGAAGAUAAUGAAGAAAGCGAGUUUGCUUUGUCAAAUUCAUCCAUGCCUGAAAGUGAUGUUUACGAUGAUGUGGAAACUGAUUUCCCACCUCCUCCUUUAGAAGCUAAUUUAUUUACAAGCAAAAGAAAUGACACUUUGGGAAGGUCACAGGAUCAGAAGACUCUAAAGAGACUGGAAAAAGAGGAGAAGGAAUUCAGGAAAAAAUUCAAGUUCACAGGUGAUAUCAGAGUGCUCUCCACAGUCCAGGUAGUGUUAAAUCUAUCAAUGAAGAAAUGGGGAUCCAAAGACUUACCUCUGAAAGCGGGAGAAACCUUGGAUGUCAUACAACAUACCAGUGAUUCCACAGUCCUGUGUAAAAAUAGUGAGUGCAAAUAUGGUUACGUAUUACGGAGCAACAUCAUUGUUAUUGAUGAUGGAGAAAUUUAUGACGAUAUUGGAGAAGAUUGCAUCUAUGAUAAUGACUGAGCCUACGUUGACACCUUCCUGCAACUUCAUACAUCACCCUCUCUAUAGGCUCUUGCGCGGCAUGGAA